CAGAGUUCGCUCAUGGCGCAGGCUCACUCACCGUUUUGGAAACAAAGGCGAUGAAGCCCAAUGGCCGCCGGCGGAUCUCUCGCCGGGAAACUAGGCUUCCUCCUCCAUCAAAGCCUCUCCCACUCCCUCGCCGCCGCCACCCUCACCAUCUCCGACCUCAAACCCAUCCACGCCGCCAUCAUCACCUCCGGCCUCUCCACCGACCACAUCACCAUCCCCAGACUCAUCGCCUAUUGCGCCGUUUCCAACUCCGGCGAUCUCUUCUCCUACGGCCAAUGCCUUUUCUCCGCCACUCCCAAUCCCUCCCUCUUCACCUUCAACUCCAUGAUCCGAGGCUUCUCCCUGAGCUCCGACCCCAUCCAAUCCAUACACCUCUACACCCGCAUGCUCCGCACUGGUAUCUCCCCAGAUAAUUUCACCUUCCCGUUUCUCAUUCGCUCUUGCUCCUCCUCGCCGUCUAGCUUUCUCGGCCGCGGUUUUAAGGACAUGGGCGCUGCACAGAAGGUGUUUGAUGAAAGUCCUUGUACACUUGAUGUAGUUUCUUGGACCACAAUGAUCACCGGACACUCAAAAUGCGGCGAGAUGGACCGUGCGCGGUGGUUCUUUGAUCGAAUGCCGAGCAGGAACUUGAUUUCAUGGAAUGCAAUGAUCGCUGGAUAUGCACGCAGUGGCUCCGUGAUCCAUGCUCGUUGCCUGUUUGAUGAAAUGCCUGAAAGAGAUGUGAUGUCCUGGAGCUCAUUGGUCUCUGGGUUUUCACAGCGUGGUUUAUGCAAUGAAGCAUUGGCAGUGUUUGAUGAGAUGAUAUUGAAUGGGUUUACACCAAAUGAGGCAACGCUCGUCAGUGCAGCAUCUGCUUGUGCUCAGCUGCGAGACUUAGACCGAGGUCGUCGAGUGCAUUGCUGUGCAUUAGAUCGUGAGCUUCGAAAGAUGAGUGUGAUAUUAGGAACGGCACUUGUCGAUAUGUAUGGCAAGUGUGGAAGCAUAGAGGAUGCUUAUAAGGUGUUUAGAGAAAUGUCGGCGAGGAAUGUUUACUCGUGGAAUUCGAUGAUUACCGGAUUGGCAUUGAAUGGUUCCGGCAAGCAGGCGCUGACACUCUUCUGGAAGAUGAAAUUGGCAGGAUUGCAACCGAAUGCAAUAACUUUCAUUGGAGUUUUAAGUGCGUGCAGUCAUGCAGGGCUUGUUGAUGAAGGCGAAAUGUUAUUCGAUAUGAUGACUAGAGUUUACGGCAUUAGGCCUAUUGAAGAACACUAUGGAUGUAUGGUCGAUUUGCUUAGCCGUGCAGGGCUGCUCCAAGAAGCAGUGGAUUUUGUGGCUAACAUGCCGGUUGAACCACAUCCUGGCUUGUGGGGUGCAUUGGCUGGAGCUUGUAGGAUUCAUGACAAUGUUGAGCUUGGUGUCGAGGUUGGCAAACGGUUGAUUGAGCUUGAGCCACAUCAUGGUGGACGUUAUGUUCUGCUGUCAAAUUUGUAUGCAGCUGCGAGACGAUGGGAUGACAUGGAGAUUGUUCGUUUGUUGAAGGAGAGGAGAGUGGUGAAAGUUCCGGGAAACAGUGCUGUAGAGAUGAAGCCAUUGCUGCUUUCUGAUCACAUGACGGUAAAUAUGUUGAAGUUGAUUGAAGGUGAUGAAUCGGUGGCAUCCAACAUGGAACAUGGAACAUGACGGUAAAUUUGUGUAAUCUUUUGUUUCUUUACUCUAACAAAAUAAUCACUAAGUUGUGCAAGUGUGCAACAUGGAACAUGUUCUCCGAACGUUUGUCACUGCAUGUAGUGUCAAAUUAUGCAAACAAUGCAGAUCUUAAACUUCUGUUUG